UUGUUUUGACAGAUUUUCGCAACCGGAAGUGAACAUCGGUACCACUUUACGCUUUUCUGACAACUCCGGAAGUUGCUAGCUUAGCGUUUUGGCUGUUUAUUAUAAAGGUUAAGCAUACACUUGUUAUAUUUGCGGUUCUGUUUCCUUUAUAGCGAAAACUCAUGAACAUAAAACGAUACUGGUAAUAAAUUAAUACACAGAGCUCUUGGGUCGGAAAAACAUAAAGCUUCCUAUGUUGGCUCAGUUGUAGCUAGCUGGCUAACAACAAGUUGUUGGGUGUUAAUUAACGUUAGCUAGGUAGCUAACUAAAUUCUUACACGGUGUCUGAACGGAGGAAAGCAAUAUACCUGGUGGAUAUUUUGAUUGCAUUUUAUGCUGUAAUAACCUUAGCUUGAGAGUGUUUGGUGGACAGAGUGGACUAUUACCUGGCUUGUUGACUGGUUAGUAAAGGUGACAUAUAGACUAGUUGACAACACGUUAAUACGUCACCAUAUUAUUGUGUCGGUUGAUGAGGAGUUAUCAGGAAGCCAUGGAUCAGAUCGAGCACAUGAGGAUCUUUCCCAUGAGCUUGUGAGCUCAGACUGACUUUUUAAUGGGAGCCGGGUGGCGUCUUUGCCAGACUUGUGGGCGAUACUCACGCAGAAGGAAGAAGAACCGGCGGCUUGAAUGGAGUCGUUGGCAGGUUACGUUUAUAAAGCGGCCAGUGAAGGCAGAGUCCUGACCCUAGCUGCUCUUUUACUCAACCAUUCUGCCUCUGAGACGCGGUAUCUUUUGGACUACAUAACCCAGUUGGCUGGCCAACGCUCGACUCCUCUCAUCAUAGCAGCAAGAAACGGCCAUGACAAAGUGGUCCGUCUCCUUCUGGACCACUACCGAGUAGAUACUGAGCAGACCGGGACAGUCAGGUUUGAUGGGUAUGUGAUCGAUGGAGCCACGGCUCUUUGGUGCGCAGCAGGUGCAGGACACUUCGAGGUUGUGCGGCUUCUGGUGUCUCACAAUGCCAACGUGAACCACACCACCCUGACCAACUCCACCCCUCUCAGGGCAGCGUGCUUCGAUGGUCGGCUUGACAUUGUGCGCUACCUGGUGGAGCAUAACGCCGACAUCAGUAUCGCCAAUAAGUACGACAAUACCUGUCUGAUGAUAGCUGCUUAUAAGGGACACACGGACGUGGUGCGCUUUUUGCUAGAGCAAAGGGCCGACCCUAACGCGAAGGCCCACUGUGGCGCCACGGCACUGCACUUCGCUGCCGAGGCUGGCCAUCUGGAAAUUGUGAAGGAGUUGAUGCGAUGUCAGGCAGCUAUGGUGGUGAACGGCCACGGCAUGACACCACUCAAAGUGGCGGCAGAAAGCUGCAAGGCAGAUGUUGUCGAGUUGCUUCUCUCCCAUGCUGACUGUGACCCUCACAGCCGUAUCGAAGCUUUAGAGCUGCUCGGAGCUUCGUUUGCUAACGACCGUGAGAAUUAUGACAUCCUCAAGACAUACCAUUACUUGUAUCUGGCCAUGCUGGAGCGCUACCGUGACCCUGAAAGGGUCAUCGCCAAAGAGCUCCCGCCACCCGUUGAAGCUUACGGUGGUCGCAUGGAGUGUAGGACUCCUUUAGAUCUGGAGACCAUCAGGCAGGACCGUGACGCGCUGCACAUGGAAGGUCUGAUGAUCCGUGAACGCAUCCUGGGAUCGGACAACGUAGACGUUUCGCAUCCCAUCAUAUACCGUGGUGCCGUCUAUGCCGACAACAUGGAGUUUGAGCAGUGCAUUAAGCUGUGGCUGCAUGCCUUGCACCUGCGCCAGCGAAGCAACCGUAACACGCACAAGGACCUCUUGCGCUUUGCACAAGUUUUUUCACAGAUGGUGCACCUGAAGGAACCAGUUCAGGCAGCUGACGUUGAGCAGGUGUUGUGCUGCAGUGUCUUGGAGAUCCGGCGCAGCAUGGCACGCUUGGAAACGGCCUCCGAGGCUGAACGUCCAGCCUGCACUGACAACUACGAAUCAAACAUUUUUACAUUUCUCUACCUGGUGUGCAUCUCCACCAAGACGCAGUGCGACGAUGAGGACCGCGCACGCAUUAACAAGCAGAUUUACGAUCUAAUCCGACUCGACCCGCGCACCCGAGAAGGCUCGUCGCUGCUCCACCUGGCCGCCAGCUCCAGCACUCCAGUGGAUGAUUUCCACACGAAUGAUGUGUGCAGCUUCCCCAACGCACAAGUCACUAAGAUACUGCUGGACUGUGGUGCGCAGGUGAACUGUGUUGAUAAUGAAGGAAACAGCCCUCUGCACCUCAUAGUGCAGUACAAUCGGCCUAUCAGUGACUUCCUCACUCUGCAUGCCAUCAUCAUCAGUCUGGUGGAGGCCGGAGCUCACACUGACAUGACCAACAAGCAGAAGAAGACACCUCUGGAGAAGAGCACCACGGGUGUCUCAGAGAUCCUCCUGAAAACACAGAUGAAAAUGAGUCUAAAGUGCCUGGCUGCUCGGGCCGUCCGACAGCAUCACAUCCUCUACCGAGACCAGAUUCCUAAAAGCUUAGAGGAGUUUGUUGAGUUUCACUAAUCUAUAUAUUUCUUUCAGUUUCUAAAGUUUUUAGCUGAUCUGAUGGUGCUGGGAAUUCUUGAUCAUGUUUUUUAAACCUCUUUUCCCCUUUGUUAAAAGUGCUAGUCACAUGGAUCUGAAAAUGGCUUUUACACUCUUAUGCAUCUGAUGUACAAAUUUGUCUAGACUGAUCCAAGAUUUUUCCUGAUUUUUUUUUUUUUCCUCCAAAAAAGAUUACAGUGAUGUACUCACAUGAUGCACAUUUUCUAGGCUGCCAAUCAUUUACACUCACUUCAUACAAAGUCAUGGGGUGUGACAUAUGGUAUUGAAAUAACUCAUCAAUGCUUUCUUGGGGCCAUAGGUAAAGACUUGAACUGAAACUGUCAUUUUAUGUGAAUGGCAAAAUCCCCUGAGAGAACAGCUUUUUACUGACUGCACUUUGCUUAGGAUGAUUUAGUUUGAGAUUUGUUUUAUUAACAUUUUAUUAAAAAAAUUAUUUAAAACAUAGUCAGAAGAUCUAUUUUGUAAGGAAUCUAUAGCAGAGGAAUGAUGUACUAAAAUCUAAGCCUUCUUUGUCAGGCUGUAAACGAAUUUCUUUUAUAAAUAAAUACACUAAGUCGUGCCUGUGACAGGUUCUUUACCUUUUGUUUUUUUUUUAGUUCUUUGGUUGUUCAACUCCGAUCAUGCCACUGUAGAGUCAUUUAAUAUCUACAUGACCGUAUGCUGCCAUGCCUUGUGUGGCCUUAUUUUGGAUGGUGCUUGGAUCUUUUUAUUAAAAUCUGAGAAAGCAACAGCAUCUUGCAUGUGGCUCUCUGUGCCAGGAAGAGACAAGUCUGCAAACUUGACUUUAAAUGUUGAGAGUCUUUGCUUUAUGUCUUUGAGAACUGGUGAUUGUAAUGAGGUUGUACUUUUAUUUUUAAUCUAAUGAAUCAAUAUUAAGCCAACAUUAAAUGUUUUGUCAUCCCUGCUUUA